UUGUAUACAUCAACAAAACUCAACUGUGGACAACAACAGGAAGCUGUACUGGUCUUUGUGGCGUUUGCCUCUUAUUUUGACAGCGAUGACCGGAUAUGACAUCAAGUCAGUUGAAGAAGCAACAUGGCGAACACCGGUGGGGCGGCCGUGGAUGAGAUGAUGCGAUACGCGGAAUAUACUCCUAAAUCAAGUAUUAGGAGCGAUGCAGAGAUUGACAGACGACUGGGAGGGACUUUGGUGGCAGUGGGUCUCGGUGUUGCUGCCCUAGGAUUUGCAGGGCGUUAUGCAUUUCAGCUGUGGAAGCCUCUGGGACAGGUUUUCUCUGAAACCGUCAGCAAGAUGCCCAAAUCAGCCUUCUCGUCAUAUUACAAAGGCGGCUUUGAGCAGAAGAUGUCCAGGCGGGAGGCCAGCCUGGUACUUGGCAUCAGCCCAACCAGCACAAAGUCAAAAGUACGCGAGGCACAUAGGAGGAUCAUGGUCCUGAAUCACCCUGAUAAAGGGGGGUCACCGUAUCUUGCUGCUAAAAUCAACGAGGCCAAAGACCUUUUUGACAAGGAGCACCGCAGAUGAUAUCCACUGUGUACCUGCCCCGUCAGCUCUUGGGUCUUGCCCCAUCAGCAUCCUUAUCACUUAAGGCUCCAAGAUGGCUGAAAACAAAUGGCUUCAUUCUUUUUUUUUUUUUGCAUUGUCAUCCAUAGCAACACACAACUGUGAUGAAAAGAUGCUGCUCAUAUGAUGGUUUAGAAAGUUGAUUUCUGACACCCCAGCCAUGUAAAAUGUUGGUACUUGAAAUGCAACAAAACAACAGUUUGAAGUGUGUAUGUAAAU